AUGUCUUCUACAACAGCAACCGAGACUUACACGCAGCCCAAGCCAGUCGAGGAUGAGACGGCCAAGAUGCUACAGGCAGCUGAAGCCAGCCACACAAAGCCGCUGUGGCUUCAGAUGUCAAGAUUGAAUCCACCUCUGCCAAACCCAAGUUGCACGCCUUUCCUUUGGAAAUACUCAGAAAUUCGCCCAACUCUUUUGCAAGCCGGGCAACUUGUGAAUGAGCACCAAGCCGAGCGCAGGGUUCUGAUGCUUGUGAACCCAUCUCGAGAUGCACCCUUCACGACUGAUACAAUCUACGCUGGGCUGCAGCUAGUCAUGCCCAAUGAGACAGCAAAAGCCCAUCGUCAUACCGCCUUUGCAAUGCGAUUCAUUAUUGAGGGCCAGGGUGGCUUUACUGCUGUUCAUGGUAAGCGUAUUCAGAUGAAUCGUGGAGACGUCAUUUUGACCCCCACUUGGAACUGGCACGAUCAUGGAAAGGAUGGAUCGGGGCCAAUGAUUUGGCUCGAUGGUCUUGACUUGCCCAACUUCACCCAUUUUCCAGUUCAUUUUGUUGAGCAUUUCUCGGCCCCUCGUUAUCCCGCCGAGAAUGUCGAUACCUCCCAAUCGCCCAUUGUCUUCCCAUGGAGCCGAAUGAAAGCUGUGCUCGACUCUGAGGGCGGCGACUUUGCUACAAGUAGAUACUUGCAUGCCAACGGGUCUGAAGUGAGCAAGAUCCUAGGGGGGAAAGCCGCCCGCAUUGCACCCGGUGCGAAAUCACCGCUGGUUCAAGAGACUGCGUCUUCGGUCUACCAUGUUGUUGAGGGCUCUGGACACAGCCGCAUCGGCGAUCAAGUUUUCCAAUGGAAGAAGGGGGACACUUUUUGUAUUCCUUCAUGGUAUCCCUACCAGCAUUUCGCCGACGCGGGACUUCAAGAGCCGGUUUACUUGUAUCGGUUUGAUGAUUCGCCCAUGCUCAAGAGCUUAGGUUUCUAUCGUUCCGCCGACAUGGAUGUAGAGAGCUUGGUAUCUGUUUGA